UGUACAGAUUCUUAUCAUUCAAAAUCUAGCUGAAUCAUGAAGUCUUUGUAUCGGAGUGAACAAUGUAUUUUAGGAUUCUAUUUUUAAUUUUCGUGAUUUUAUUUGUCGACCUUUUCGAAAAAUCAAAAGUAAACGCAAAUGCUGUUGCGAAAAGUGAAGCAAAGAGCUUAGCAGGAGCAGAUCCCGAUGCUCUUGCUGCGCCAAGUGCAUUAGCGUUUUUUAAGCAACGAAUAGCGCAAAGGAGCAAACCAACACAGAAGAAAAAACGAAUCAAAAUUUCUGUGUAUCCAUCGAGUUCACAGAAGAAAACGAAGAAGAAAAAGUGUAGGAAAUGUUAUCGAAAGAAGAAAAGCCGUAAGAAAAGCCGUAAGAAAAGUAAAAAACGGCAGUGCAGACAGAGGUGCAAACAAAGAAGAAAAAGAAGAAGAAGAAGAAGAAGAAGAACGACGGCUUCUACAACAGCGUCUACUGCAAGCACAUCAUCUACAGCGUCAACCACUGUGACGACGGCGGCCACAACCGCGGCAACAACUGCAGCAACGACGGCGGCAACAACCGCUGCCACAACAGCGGCAACUGCUGCCACAACGGCGGCAACAACCGCUGCCACAACAGCGGCAACAACUGCUGUCACAACGGCGGCAACAACCGCUACCACAACGGCGGCAACAACCGCUGCCACAACAGCGGCAUCAACUGCUUCCACAGCGGCUACUCCAGCUACAGCGGCUUCUCCAGCUACAGCGGCUACUCCAGCUACAGCAGCAGCUUGAAUUUUUCUUCACCUGCGAUGGAUUAAGAACUUUUUCUCAAAUAGAAUUUAACGGAGCGGUUAUAAUAUUACAACGUUCAUUCUUUCAGAUGUUUUUCUAUUUUCUUUUGAAAAUAAAGAAUAUUCUUUUCUUAUUAUUAAAAUCGAAUAUCUAUCUUCAACAACUUGUAUCCACUGGAUAGUA